UCUUUUUUGGAUGAGACAAAAAUUCAUCAAGAAACUCUCGUCACAUUGUCUUUCCAUGCUGAAAAUCUAGCUGGACAGCAGAAAUUUUAUCCUUCGGAUGCAACUUUAGAGCUAUUGCAUCCGAAAUGCCUGGAUAUGAGCAAUCAAAUUAAUCAACUUCACGGCAACUUGGAGAAGCGCUGUCGAAUUCUGACCCUUUGCAUCGAAUCUAUGAGCCACAUCCACUCGCGCCUUGACGAGGCAUCAGCCUGGCUUGACCCCAUCGAUUGCCGUCUGGCCGCAACAGGUCUCCCUAUUUUGUCAGAAGACCCCGCAGAAUCAUUGAAUGCUGCCUCUAAUUUCAAGAUCAGUGGUCGCAUAGUUGAUGAACUUUCUGCAAUACAAACUGAACUGGCCGUCAAGCAGUCAGAUUUGACCAGUCUAUCAGUGGUGUUGCAGAAGUUUAUUAAUCUUAGUUGUCAAUUUGCUGCAAUUCAUCGCGCUCUCGAGGCUUCUCCAUUACGAAGAGAGGACAUACAUCCAGCUUCUCCCACAUUUUCUAUCGACUCUCAUACCUGCCUUGCCGAAAGUUCGUUGCGUAAUGCCGUUCACAGCAUUCUUGAUCGACAUGCCGAUUUGCAGGAACGAGUUUCUGGUGUUUCCGUCGACUUGGCUAGAACAGUUGACUUGUAUGAUGGCUUGAAUUGCAAUCUUACUUUGUUGGAUAAUCAGUUGAAUGGGUUAGAAGCUGCUGAUCAGACAGCCCUGGAAAACGGUAUUCAGGAGAUUAUUAAACAGAGCGUGGAUAUUCGCGUCAAUCUUCAGGUUAGAUAUCUUCACGAUUUUGUACAGUUUGCAUUUUUUUCACUAUAG